GAACCAAUGCGUAUUUUGUCGAAUUAGGUUUGCUUCCGACUUAGAAAGAUGGAUCUUAUCGAUUUUACGAUUAUUUUAUAAUUAUUAAUGCUCAAUUUCUGAUACUAGAAAUUCAUGCUGGCUAUGUAAACUUGGUUGUGUUCCUUGUAUCAACAUGUGGAGUUUUGCACCCAACUGUGUUGCGGGAACUGUUGGAAGAAAAAAUGAUUUUCUAAAGCAACCUCAUGCUGCAUCAGAAUGUUCAGACGAUGAAAGCUCUUCUGUGGUUAACAGGGAUGAGUGUUUAGAAUGCCCUAUAUGCUGUGAAUCCUUCAACAUCGUAGAAAAUGUGCCCUACGUUUUAUGGUGUGGUCAUACCCUUUGUAAAAACUGCAUUCUAGGACUUCAAUCAGCUGUUGUGAAAUUUCCGACUCUACCGAUUCAACUUCCGCUUUUCAUUUCCUGCCCGUGGUGCAAUCUCUUGUCAUUUCGUCUGGUUUAUAGGGGAAAUCUCAAUUACCCUCGGAAGAACUAUUUUCUACUUUGGAUGGUUGAGAGCAUGAAUGGUGAUAGACUGAAGUCUCAUUCUUCUUUCUGUGAAGAUCAUCAGCUUGGCUGUUCAUUGAACGAUAAUUCAGCAUCGCGGAACCAAGUGACUCAGAGUAACUACAGAAGGGGACAGUAUAUGCAUCAUUGUGAGCCAUCAAGAUCAAACCACACUCAUAAUAAUCUCGCUGAUUACUUCAAUUCGGAAAGAAUAUAUUCUUACCUUCGUAAGUCUCUGGUUAUCUUCAUGCAUCUGGUAGCCAAGUUCCCUUUAGUCAUCAUAUUUCUCUUAAUCAUCCUUUACGUGAUUCCCGCCAGUGCCGCCAUCUUGGCCCUGUACAUACUUAUUACCGUAAUAUUUGCUCUCCCUUCAUUUCUCAUUUUGUACUUUGCAUACCCGAGUUUAGAGUGGCUUGUCAAAGAGAUCAUAACUUGAGAGAGUUUUGAUUUCUAGUUCGGCAAGCAUUGUGAAUAUAAGUUUGCACGUAUAGCACGAUGCUUCUCCAAUUUGAUGACUUCUCAAUGCCCGGAUUUUACGACAGUUUCUUCCGCAAAGCUUCUCAAUAUCUACUUUUAUCUGGUGUGUGCUUGUUUUUUUUUUAUUCGUGUAUCAGGAAUUCUCAUCAGAUGGCAACCGAGGUUCCCGGAUGCAUCAGGAAGUGUUCUUAUAUAUACAGUUGAAAUAGUUGUGUAAGUCAUUGAGAAAACUUACUACUUGUAUGCUUGGACAGUUAAAGUGUGUUUGUUAUUA